AUGCCACCAAAAAGAACUCCGGUAAAAAAUAGCCCGGAUUCAGCGAGAGAAGACGACAACCUGGAAGUACUGAAGUACAACCGGGAAAAGGAGCAACGAAAUGUCAGGAGAGUGCAAGGCAUCCUGAUCCAAGCGGAAGAGGAACAUGUUGAACUAACCUCAGCCCAGCUUAAAGUCUACCAACGAAGCAUCGAAUGUUCCAAAGCGGAGUUCAACAAACAUCACAACGAUAUCAUCGCCCAAUCUUCACCAGCCGAGCGUGACAAACAGGAGGACGUUUACUUCGCCUUUAUGGACCUUUACGAAGAAGUGUCCAUGGUGGUCGAGAGUUGGCUCGAAAAAUUAUCGCCAGCUCUACAGUCGCAGCCGCAGCCCAUCAGCAGUCAGCCUCCCAUGAUCAUCCAACCUUCCCUACCCAUAGCCAUACCGACGUUCGACGGGAGGUAUGAACAAUGGGAGAAAUUUAAGGUUAUGUUCCGGGAUGUGGUCGACAGAACCAACGAACCAGACCGCAUCAAGCUGUACCACCUAGAGAAGGCCCUUGUUGGAGACGCCGCCGGGUUGAUAGAUGCCAAAACUAUCACCGACGGCAAUUACGGUCGAGCUUGGCAACUUUUGGACGAACGAUACUCCGACCAACGAAGGAUGGUUGACCGGCAUCUGGCAGGCCUGCUAGGUGUGAAGAAGCUAGGCAACGAAUCGUUCAGCGAGUUGAGGGCCCUGGUGGAGACAUUCGAUGGACAUGUUGACAACCUGAAGUUCCUGGGCCAUGGUUUCGCCGAUGUAGCCGAGUACAUGGUGGUGUUCCUGAUGUCUCGUGCUUUGGAUGACGAGACAAAGAAGCUGUGGGAGUCGACCAUCAGAAAAGGUGAGCUGCCAACGUACGAGGACACCAUUCGCUUUCUCAAGGAGAGGGUGUCUGUCCUGGAAAGAUGCCAAACGUCUACUGAUGAUAGUCAGCACAAGUAUCACCAAUCAUCCAAGUUCUACCCACCAAGGCAUUCGAGAAUCAACACGCUCUCUUCCCAAGCCCGAAAGCAGCCGCACUGUGACUUCUGCGGCAAAGAUCACCUUAACUUCGAGUGUCCCCAGUUCAACGAAAUGUCGGUCAGCCAAAGGAUAAGUAAGGUGAAGGAGAAGAACCUCUGCUUCAACUGCCUCAGACGUAGACAUCGAGUGGGUGUUUGUUCUUCUCCUAAGACCUGUUUUCAAUGCCAAAGGAGACAUCACUCAUUGCUGCACCAGGAGGAAAUGAGACAUCCAGCGUUCCCUGUGUCGACGCGAACAUCAGAGGUCCAGGUUCCGGUUUCAACAAGCAGGCCAUCGACUAACGGUGCGUCCCCAAAUGCCGCCCAUUCCCACGUGCCAACGAAGUCGACGCAUCAAGUGUUCCUGUUCACCGCACUGAUCAACGUGAUGGAUAAGGAUCAGCAGCCGCAUCCGUGCAGGGCACUUUUAGACUGCGGAUCGCAAGCGAGUUUCAUCACGCAGUCAUUGGCCGACGCUCUGAGGAUCCCAACAACUGAGGUGAGUGUUUCUGUUACUGGUAUUGGUAGUGCUAAGUCCACAAUUAAGAAAAUGGGUACCGUCCAAGUCAACUCCAGAUACAAUAGCUUUACGUUGUCGCUAUCCUGCCUUGUGUCGCCAAAAAUUACUGGUUUACUUCCUUCGUCCACAACUAAUAUCGAAUCUUGGGAAAUACCUUUGGGCAUCCAACUCGCAGAUCCUUCCUUCCAUCAGAUGAGUACGAUUGAUAUGCUUAUUGGAAUGGAUCAUUUUUAUGACAUUCUCAAACCAGGCUAUUUGAAGUUAUCCGACAAUCUUCCCGCAUUGCACGAUUCUCAUUUUGGUUGGCUGGUAGGAGGAAAUUACUGUGAGGGUCUUCAAACUGGAGCAGUCUUGCGUUCAUUUACCGUUAGUUCAGAUCCUGUUGAGAAGCUUGAUCAAAGGUAUUGGGAAGUUGAGAGCACUACCCCUGAGAAAGUUCUGUCCACCAAAGUUGAUGAGUGUGAGCGACAUUUCCUAGCCAUCCAUCGUCCAGAAAUCCAAGAAUACAAUAAUCUUCAUGAUCCCGAAGCCCUCACUCCUGCACCGAUCAUGAUAGGACGUCCCCUUUGUGCAGUACCAGAGCAAACGUACCAGAAAAUUCCAGCUAACCGUUUGUCUCGCUGGCAUGUUCAACAGCUUCGAGAGCAUUUUUGGAGCAAGCGGUCGAAACAGUAUUUGAUGGAAGUUAAAAUUCGAAGAAAAUGGACGCAGAAACGAGUGAAAGUAAAACCUGAGUUUAUUGUCGUUCAGAUAAAAGAAAACGUUCCUCUCCAGCAUUGGAAGUAA